GAUUUAUCUUUACUGGCCAAAGAAGUACAUCGUUUACGUGAUCAAAUUUCUGAACGAGAAGAAGAAAUUGUUGAGUUGAAAUCGGAAAGAAAUAAUACAAGGCUUCUUUUAGAACAUUUAGAAUGUUUAGUUGCUAGACAUGAACGUUCAUUAAGAAUGACAGUUGUAAAACGACAAGUAAAUAGUCCUGGUGGUGUUAGUUCUGAAGUCGAAGUAUUAAAAGCAUUAAAAUCAUUAUUUGAACAUCAUAAAGCAUUAGAUGAACGUGUACGUGAACGUUUACGUACAGCAUUAGAACGUGGUGCACAACUAGAAGAAGAAGUGCGUUCAUCUGCUGCUGAUCGUGCUGCAUUAAGAGAACAAUUAGCUGCAGCAUUAGCUGGUGUAGCUGCUGCUGCAACAGCAGUUCAACAAAGACAACAACAACAAAUUGUAUCAACUGUGAAUGGAAAUGGAAAUGGUAAGUUUUAUUUUUUAAAAUAUUUAAUUUUGGUUCAUUAUCAUUGUUUAUUUCUUUUCAGCAUUAUUCAUUUAUUCAUUAUUAGAAGUUGAAUAUUUCCAUUUUGAGUAUCUGAGUAAUUAUCAUUUAGGCAUUUGUUUUCAGUUAAGAAACAUUCAUAAAAAUGUUACAUAUAAACUUUUAGCUUUCUAACUUAAUCUACUAUAAAUAAGACAUGCUCGUGAUAGGAAGAUAAACUUAAAGUAAGUCCUGAGAGAUAAGUGAAUUAGUGGAAAUUGUUAUGAUUUGAAUUAACGGAGUGAAAAAUAAAAUUAAGUGGUAAUGCUGUUAGUAGUGGAAAGUAGAAGAAGCAAUAAAGAGUAAGUUAAAAGAAUCAAUGACAAUUGGUAAUUGAAAAAAUAUGCAUAGUUUAGAAGGCUGAUCUAUUUUUAAUAUCUCACUUCUCCUGUAGAUAUAACACAAUGAAGUAGUUGGUGGCUUGGUGUUGUGAAGGAGUCUUUUUAACAAUUGAUAAUACGAAAUUUCUCUAUUGUUAUAAUCAGUGAGUGGAAUGUUAGUCUUUGGAUGAUGUGGCUGAAUGAUGGAUAUUUACUAAACUGUAGUAUUGACACAAAUACUUGAGUGACUAAAAAUCAAGAAAACCGGAGUUCAGAUGAAUAGGACUUUUAUGUUAAAAUGUUUGUUUACAAUAUAAAAUGUUGUAGGUAGUUGGAAGGAAUUAACAUGUAGGUCACUCGUUCUUCAUUUUGUUCAAGACCUGACUGUUAAGCCUAAUUUUCAAACAUCAUAUCACUCAGUUGGUAUAAAUAAUUAUUUUCUCAACUAUUUGUAUCGGUAGGAACUAAUUGUCUCAGAUAAUCAUUGCAAUCAAUCGGUUUGAUUUUUGAUAUAACGGGAUGAAAAGUUAAAAUUAGAUUGAUUUGCUCAUUAUGAUCUUUGUUAAACAUUCGUUCCGUUUUAACUUGAUGUGAUGAUUACUCAAUGUAGUAUAUUUUUGUUUUCUGGUAUAACAUUCUAUUCUGUAUUAAAUACGAUAUUCUUGCAUCAAGUUAACAUGUACUAUGCUCAGCAUGAGAUGUAGCAUAUGAUUUGUUAUAACCUUGAGCAUUUUUCAUAUAUGUGAUUUCAUCCUAAUUAUUAAUCAAAAUGAGUGUACUUUCGACUAUGAUUGCCGUUUUUGUGUUUCGGGGUUACUAGCAGAGGUUAGGAGCCGGAUCUGGCGUUGAAAAAGAAAACAUAUCAAUUUCAUUCUUAAUUCCCAUAAAAUUACAUUACAGUUAGUAGAGUUCAAAAAUAAAGAAAAAUGACAAUUAUGAGUGUAAACAGAAUAUACCCAUUGAGAUAUCAAAUAAGAAAGAUUGGUUCAACGAAGAAUUCUCUUUGCGACGAAUUUAUUUUCAAAGCUGUACAAUCGCAAAUGUCUACUUAAUUUUUUUCGAAAUGAUAGUAAUAACAACUUUAGUCAUCAUAAACAUGGUAGUAGUAAAUUGGCAUAAAGAACAGUAUAAAAAACGUUAUUUUUAUUCAGGAAACCAAUAAUAAUUGUGUUGUUAACAGCUUGAAUAUUCAUUAUGAAGGUAAAUAAAGAAAUUAUAUUUUGAAAAAAUAUAAGUCUCAGCGUAAUACGAUGAAAUGUUGAAAAUCAGAUGACCUGUAAUCAGGAGUAUCAUAGGGAAACAAAAACAAAUCAGUUUGCUGCUAAAAUGUUUGUAGAGAAGAUAGAAAGGAAGUAGAUGGGAUGUGACUCACUAGUUUUGCCUUUUAUUAAAGUUCUAAUAAGUUAUAACACUAAUGAAUGAGUCUAGUUUUUUGGUCAGUAUCUACUAAAAUUCAUUAAAUACCUAUGUUGUCUAACAUUAAAUGUUCAUAAAGUUCGUAUGGUUUGUAAUUUAUUUUUGUCUUUAAAUCAGUUGAUUCUAAUCAUACCACACAAAUCAGUAAAGAUGAUCUUGAUGGAAAUGAUGUAGGCAAUAAACUAGCCUCAUUACCUCCAGGUGGACCACCAAUCACAUCAAAAGAUUCAAACGAUGAAAGUUCAUCGGCAGAAAAUUCCGGUGUAAAAUCAGUUGCAUCCGUUGCUGCAGCUGCAGCGGCUGCUGCUGCGAGUGCUGUAGCUGUUGAACGUAAACUUGUUGAAGUCACUACAAAAUCUAGAGAUUUAGAAGCAUCUAAUACAACAUUACAAAAAGAAUUAUCACGUGCUCAUGAUCAGAUUUCUCGUUUACAAAGAGAAUUAGGGGAGUUGGAAGCUCAACGUGAAGAUCAAGAAGCUCGUAUUGCAACUCUGGAACAACGUUAUCUUGCUACACAACGUGAAGCUACUGGCACGUUGGACAAACUUAGUCGAGCUCAGUCAGAAUUGAUUACACGUGAAAUUGAAUUAAAACAAGCAAAAGAUCAUACAAAUCAUUUGGUUAGCGAAUUAGAAACAGUACAAAACGAAUUAGCCAUUGUCAAAGUGAAUACAAUGCAACAAAAUGAAAAAGUGAAUACACCUACAACAACAUCAACUCUAAUGCAUACGGCUAUUGAAAAUGGUGGUGAAUUUAUUGAGUCUAUCGAAAAUGAAACUAUUUCUAAUGAUGAAAAAACUAUUAAAAACGGCAAAAGUUCUCAUUUAAUUAGUGAUAAUAACGGUAACAACAAUAAUCCUAACAUAACAGUUGUUGACGAAUUGCGUGUACAAUUAUCUACGGCUGAAGAACGUAUUAAAGAUAUGGAAGUUGAAAUGAAUGAAAUCCAGUCAGAAUUACAAAGAGCUAGACAACGCGAACAAUUAAAUGAGGAUCAUAGUUCACGUUUAACUGCGACGGUUGACAAAUUACUAUUGGAAUCUAAUGAACGAUUACAGACACAUUUACGUGAAAAAAUGGCCGCAUUAGAAGAGAAAAAUCAAUUACAUACAGAAUUAGAUCGUCUUAGACGUCUUCUAGAAACAAGUCAAACUGAACGAGAUCGAGCUCUAGCCGAUAUGGAACGAUUAAGACGUAGUUCCGCUACAACAACGCCAACCGCACUUGCUUUACAAGGUGACUCGUAUUCCAGUGGUUCUCAUAGCCUUCGUAGAAUGCCUCGUAAUGCUUCCAGCAGUAGAACAGAUCAAACUCUUCUUGACAAUGAGGAAGUGAAUUUAGAUGAACUGGAAAAUAACAGUAGUUCUCUCAAAAGGAUCCAACGAAAAAUUGGUGGUUCUGAUUGGGUUGAUUCAGAUGGUGAUACAACAACAAGUCCAGUAAGCAGAGGUCAAUCAGAGAUUGGGACUAGUAAUACAGAUGCUCAAAGAUUAGCAUUGUUGAUUCAAAAUCAAUUGGAUGCAAUAAAUAAAGAGAUCAAAAUGAUACAGGAAGAGAAACAAACUGCUGAACAGUUAGCUGAAGAGCUAGAAUUACGUGUUGGUUGUACUGCUACAAAUCGUAAUGGCAGUUCACAGGGACAGUUAAUAGAUGAUUAUUACAAUCAACAACGUGGCAAUGAUACAAACGAAGCAUAUUAUUAUACUAAUCAAGAUGGACGUCUUAAUGCGAAUAAUGUUAUGCCAAGUUUAUUACCUAAUUUUGGUCCAACUGGUUGGUCACCUCCACCAUCACCAUUAAGUUCUAGGUCAACACCAUUCGGUGGUAUUUCUAGUGAUUCUUUCAGUGGUAGUUUUAAUAAUCCUAAUCGAAAUGCAUCAUCGUCAAUAUUAUCGUCUGUGGUAGUUAGUAAAGAAUCUGAACGAUCUAUUCCUCAAUAUGCUGCUCCUACUCCAUUGGCCGUAGAUCCACGUCGUAAUUUUCAACAUCAGCCUAUUCAAUAUUCACAACCGAGUAGUAAUAGUGGUUUUAUGUCGCGUAGUAGUCAAUUUGAACAACAACGAUCAAUGUCAGCCGCUGGACGUCCACUGCAUCAGGUAACUGAUUCACUUAAACAAUGUGAAGACAUGUCUUGUAUAUGUCUGAUUUUAUCAUCAUAUAUUGUAAAAUUAUGACAUCGUUUUCACAAAUGAUAUAUGUAUGCGUAUACUUUGUUACAUGUAUGAAUUUGGUUCAGACUUAUUAGCAGUGAAACAGUUAUCGUUAAUGGCAUUGAAGGAUCAUAAUGAUAUACAACACUGGUUAAAGUUGAAAAUGUUUAUAAUCGGACCCAACCUAGUGGCUCUAAUGAUUAUACGUUCAUCACAAGAACAAAAUAUCCUGGGUUCGAUGCCUGGUGUUGUCGUGGUUACCUCACUGUUGAGAAGUUUAUGCGAAAACGAGGCGAAUUUUCGGUGACCUAUAGAUUAUAAUGUUACAUUAACAAAGAUCAAUCUGCGACGAAUACAACCUAUAAAUCUAAUAUUAUUCUCUUCUCUAUUUGUCAUGUAUGCAGAAUCACGUUCUAAUAUGUUCCAAUGCUUGGUUUUUAUUUAUUGUAGUUCUGACUAGAAACUACGCUUAAUUUUACUCACAAGUAUUUUUUUUAGCUUUCAUGUAUUUAUUCUUCUUAAAUGUCUAGUUAAUUAACGGUAACACGCUAUUCGUUUUCUCUAGUAAAACGUUAAGUUUAUUUACUAUAUAUAUAAAGUGAUAUACUAACACAAUAAGUUUCAAAAAGACCGAUCACAUGCAUGAACGAAAUUUAUAAAUCACUAUAGGGGUUUUGUGUAAAUUGUUGUGUUUUCGUAGUUAGCAUAACGGACUGAAUCUAGUUAGACUGGCAUUAAAAAACAAGGAGCUGUGGACAUUCGUAUUGCCCUAGUAUAGUAUUCUUCAGCACCUAGGACCUACCAUUUCGAGCACUAGCACAGUUCCUGGAGUUUCUAGUGAUAACCCAUGACUAGUGGAGUUUGAUCAUAUCGAUUGUGAGAUACCCACUCCAAGCGAUGGAAAAUGGAUGUGCAGCAUUGCGAAUCAAUUGAAGUUAUACAUGUAUAGAAUUUCGUUCCUGCUCAACUCUCUAGGCUUUAAGUGUUUGCUCGAGAAACUUAAGGCUAUGUGUUUAGUCCCUUGUGGUGCGUUGUAGAUGGGCACUGCUAUGAAGUCCCGAUAUCGGGACGGAACAAAUAUCCAACGCUUCCUGGUUUUCAAUGUUGGUCUAAGGAAAAUCGGUUCGUGAUGUGAACUAUUAACACUUUUGAAAAGUGAUGAUCAGCUAGGGAAAUCGGAAGGUAAAAAUACAAACAGUGAAAAACAAUGUGAAUCAUAUCACUCUGGCUAAUAAAUUAGCAUUACCGUGGUUAGUACAUAUAACUUUCGAACACACAUAGUGGCGUUGUUGUUAACCUUCGAUGCAACCAAGUUUUCAACAAACCUAAGUAGUCGCUUUAUACAAGAACACGAAGGCUGAAUUAAGAUAAUUCUAAUAACAUACUUCAAUUGUGUUUGGCAAUGAAAAAAGAUGAAUGUUUGUCACCUGCUCUUAUUGAAUCAACUGCCUUUAUUUGUUUACACAACUGUCUUGUUACAAACUUAAUAAUAGUUAGAUACUUCAAUGUCAUAAGUGACUGUCACAUCAUAUUGUGCUCUUCUAAUUAUUGCCUCCUUAUUUAGUUACUAGUAUGUUAUUUUUAUGUUUUCGUAUGCGAAUUUUAAGACGUUUUUAAAUGAGAAUGAGUGAUAGUUGAGGUGAAUAUUGUUUUCGCUCUACCUUUACGACAUGUGUGCACAGAGUGAUAUUGAAACAUAUCGCUAUGAAAAUCUUUGAUCAAAUAAGUAUGUCCCACAUGCUAGUAUACAAACACUUACAUGGUCAGUGGCUGUUGUUAUUUGUUGUAGUAUAAACAUAUAAACUGUAAGUUAUUGGGUUAUACUAAACAUUAUAUGUUUUAGUUCAUACAAUUUUUGUUUACUCAAAUAUUACCGCUGUGAGCAACGGAUCAUCGUAAACUUAUUUUUCAUCAUCCACAAAAACUUAAUAUCACAGUAUACCUAAAAUCAUUUAUAGGCUAAGCUAGUUAUACCUACGACUUGUAAACGUUAAGCUGUUACGACAUAGUAUCUUUUAUUACGAUAAUUGAUGUAUUUGAUGUGGUUAGUAUUUUAAACCAGAGAGCUCGAAGUAUCCCUAUCAGUGUACUAUGAAUCACUUUUCCUGACCUGCCAUUUUCAAUAUGACUAUUUCUAGUGUUCAGUUUUAUCCAACAGAAUAUAUCUUUAUUAAAUUCACAAACCUGUCUAAGUUAAACGACCGUUGAAAACCUAAAAUGCAAUGUAUCGUCUUUUCGUCCUAGUAUGAAACUCCUCAGUAGUGCGUAUUCACCAAAGGUAAUAGAACAUGAUUGCGCAAUAUAGUUGGUUGCUUAAAGUUAGAUUUGUGCAUCAUUGGAUUCUGUGUUAGUGGUUUAGAGGUUAACUGUUCACUCACUAGACUUCUGGUCUCAGAUUUGCCAAUGUGUAGUGCUGAAAUGAAAUGCUCAUAUUGUUAUACCAAGUUUAUAAUGAUUGUCUUAAAUCUGUUCGUGAUUUCUAUGAAAUUAAACAAUCUCCACAACCUAAAACUUAAAAAACAUAUUUUAUUGGCUCUGAUGUGGAUUAUUGUUCCUGAAAUUCAUAGGGUUCUUAAUUUACGUCAUAAGGUGUAUGUUUAAUAUUUAUAGUACUGACAUGUUAUUUAAGUGUCAAUCUGUCUACCUAGUCUUAAAUCUCAUAUUUAACUACAUUACUUUAUAUGUAAGUGUAAUUAAUCAUUCGCCGUUUACCUUAUGGCAAUCUUGAUGAUUCCUAACAUUUUACAGUUCCAGGAAAAGAAUUAGAUACAAGAUGAGACUGUAUAUCCAAUAUUUAAUGAUGAUUAAUGAUAUCUUUCUUGAUUGUGUCAAGAUUAUACCAAAGAUUAAUCGAAUUGCUAGCUGUGGACUUAAUUGUUUAAACCUUUGAAACGCUUGAUACAUUGAGGCAAUUUAUUUUGCAUGAUUUGCAAUGUACAUUUGACCAACCCUGGUUUAAUCUCAUUCGGAUUUGCAUUUGAAUCACACUUCAUCGCCUUCAAGUCAUCCUCCUCUUAAUGAUAAAAUGUUUGAUGGGCUUGAUAAUUUGAAUUUAAUAAUCUGAGUUUGCUUGUUCUGUCCCCAGACUACCGCCUUAUCAGUGUUCACUUAGGUUGUUUUUUGUGAUAUAGGGUCUUAGUAACGUUUAGCUAGAAGGUAUGGUUCCUUUAUGUGCUGAAAAUAGAUGAGUGUACUGAGAAAUAUGUGUAUGCGGGAUAGAGAAUUUAGGAGGAAAAAGUAAUUGAGGUAGUAAUUCAGUAGCCACAUCAGUAAUGAGAGAAAUUAACAAAAGUCAGUCUCAGUAGUUCCAGUGGAUAAAGCUUCGGACACUUGAAGCAAAAAUGUACUGUAUUCAUGUCUUAGUGUAUUGAUCAACACUAGGAUGUAUUACAAAUACAACGAAUCAAAAAGUCCCAAAUAGAGUGAUAUACGCAUCCUGGAUUCCAUUGCUACCCACAUGCCAUAUAUACUAAAAAUGUGUCAAGGCAAUUUACGUAUAACAAUAGAGACUAGUCAAUUGUAGUCCUGAUUAUUAACAAUCGUAAAACUUCAAACCUACACCAGUUAAACCCAUAAGUUGAUGUUAGUGUUCAGUUUCUGAUAAAUUUUAAGUUUUAUAUUGACCUAUCAUGUUCUUCGCUUUCUUGUUAAUAUUCAUUUAACGUUGUUUCGUAAAUUGAGUCAAUAAUCGAUUCAGUGAUUUAAUGUACGGAUAGAGUGGUAAAAGUUUAGUCGAAAAAAGGAUCACAAAUAAGGCCUAAGAAAAAUAUUGGUUUUUUUCGUUUUCAAGGAUUUAUGUUUUCCCGUUGUUUGCGUUAGUUUUCAAAAAGAAAGGUUCUGGUUUACAGUCUUAGUACGAACAUCAACAUUGGGAUAUUUAGCAGCUACAUUCAUGUUCACAAGUCUUAAAUAGAAAAAAUCCACUCAUUCUGGAUUUGAUUAUCAGCCCAUAUUCAACUUUAAUAGUUGAAUACGUUUUACUUGUAGCUUGUUGAUAUUCCUUUAAUCAUCAGGCAGUCUCAUAUUCAUAUAAUUAUUAAAUUGUCUCAGUUGUAUUACUGAAUAUUUACUUUGUCCAAUCUCAUAGUAAUGUUGAUCAUCAUUUAUUCUAAGUAUUUAUCGGUGUCGUCAUUGUUGUAUAGUGUUGUGUUGUCGAUUCAUUUGUUUUUUUCUCUCAUAAAAUGUUUUCAUAAAGCUCAUUCUCAUUGUAUAAAUGUAACAUUGAUCAUUCUAUCUGACAUUCUUAAUUUUUCUUUCUUACAAACAAAACAAAAACUUCGCUGUAUUCUACAAAUGUGUAUUAUGCAUCAAAUCUAAUAUAUAUGUACAUGUAUAUAUGUGUGUAAGUCUCUGGGCAUGAAUGGUGGCAAUUCAUUGUCCACACCACAUCUUAAUCCUCAGUCAUCAUCCUCUUCAUCUUCAUCGCCAUCUGUUGCACUGUUAGGUCAAAAUUCACAUAAUUCAAAUAAAUUAACAAUUACAACAACUACAGGAACAACAUCAACAUCUACAUUAAUUACUAAUGGUUCAACUAGAAGUGUAACAUUAGCUGAUGCUAUUGCUGGCCUUGAAUUAUUAGAUCAAAUGCGUAAAGAACGCAGUACACAACAACAACAGCAACAGCCGAAGAACAAUAAAUUCACUUCAUAUAUCACUCCUGAGAACCCAUAUGAAUUUGGACCAGAUGAAUAUACAACAUCAUCUAUGGUAGAAACAAAUUCUAACUCUGAAGUCAUUUCUUCGGAGUCAAGUUCAAAAUCCAGUCAUGAUCAUCAACAUCAUCAGCGAGAACAACAACAGCAUCAAAGGAUACAACCAGUUGAAGAAACAAGACGAUUACGAAAAGUCCCUAAAGAUAAUGAUAGUUUUCUUGUAAAAAACAAUGAAUUUAUUCCAACAGAGAAUAUAACAUCAAAGGUUAGCAAUGGUGGCUUAAUUACAUCGGAUGAUUUAUUACAAAAUAAUGUAAUCAGUCAACCACUUAGACCUGCAUCACAAUUAAAUUAUCACUUACCUGUUGCUGCUCCUACUGGCGCUGGCGCUCCUCCACCACCGCCAUCUAUUAACCCAAAUACAGUGAACAACGUACCACCCCCUUCAACAAUACCAGCACAAGAAUUGAUGAAUAAUACUAAUAUGUACAUAAGAAAUAAUUAUCGCACUAAUCUACCAAUUUGUACCACCGGUAUUGGCUAUCCACCUGGUUCUUUAUCAGUUAUAUCAGUAGAUAGUCCUGAAGACGAAGGCUCUUCAGCAGCUUCUGAUUCAUUAGUUUGUAAUCAAACGAUCGAAGGUCAAACGUCAGGUCAACAGCAACAACAACAAACGAUACCACUUACAUCAGCACAAAAUAUCCCAUUAAUGAAUAAACAAUUUUAUCAGCAACAAAUGCAGUACAGACAACAAUCGAUUUCAGAUCAACCUAUGACAACGUUAACUCAACAACCACUUUACCAGCGAGAUUAUGAACAACAACAACAGAUCCAACAAUUACAAUUUACUCAUUCAACAAGACCUCAUCUACAAAUGAAUUCUAUGCCAAUAUAUCAUCAACAGCCUAUGGGAUUGUAUCAAAAUUAUCUACGGUCAAUUGGACCUAGAAAUCAAUUAUACAACAUUAUUGAUAGUCAACAACAACAACAACAAAUCAAUUCAAUGUCUCGAUUAGAUUCAACACAAUCAUUUUUUUCGCCUACUCCAUCACCUACACCAAGUAAGAAGAAAUCGCGUAUGUUAUCUGGUACAUUUGGUCGAUUAUUUCGACGUAAUCAAUCAAGUAAUAUAACUGGGAAUAGCGGUGUUGGUAUUGUCAGUGGACCAUAUGAUAUGGCACAAUAUUCACAAAAUUAUUAUCCUAUACCAAAUCAUAUUAAUCAAUCAAUACGAAUAUCAGCUUCACCACCGAUACGUCUUGGUUCACCAAUGAUACAUACAUCAAUUGCUAACAAUACUCAUAACAAUAAUAGUACUACUAGCAAUAAUAAUAGUAGUAACAAUAAUAUUCGAUAUUCUAUGCAACAGCAACCUAUGAGUCCACAGCCGAUAGCUGUCUGUCCAGGUGGACAUCAAUCACUAUCAUUACCACUGCCACCACCUCCGCCUUCAGUACAGUAUCAUCCGUCAAUGUCCAAUCAAGCACAAAUGAUACAACAACAGCACCAACUCCUUAUAGAACAGCAACAACAGAUGUAUCAAUUUAGGCAACGACAACAAGGUUUGGAAUAUGAUGAUGGAUGUAAUGGACCAAAUCUUAUUACUGGAGGAUCUAUAUCACCACUUUCGUCAUCCACUGUAUCAGGAAGUCUUUCUGAAUCAACUAUUCCAUCAAAUAGUAGAAUAAUGAGUCCAAAUCCUAUGUCUUUGACUAUGGGUAGUAGUGGUGGUCAACUGGCUAAUACAACACUACCAUCACAAGUCCCUGAAGAACGUCGACGGUGGAAAAAGGAGGAGUUAUUAGAACAAGCUAUGAUGGCUAGAUUACCAUUUGCACAAUGGAAUGGCCCUACAGUAGUAGCAUGGCUUGAGCUUUGGGUUAGCAUGCCCGCUUGGUAUGUAGCUGCUUGUAGAGCGAAUGUUAAAUCCGGUGCAAUAAUGGCAUCAUUGUCUGAACAAGAAAUACAACGUGAAAUUGGUAUUAGCAAUCCAUUGCAUCGACUUAAACUACGUUUAGCUAUACAAGAAAUGGUUGCUUUAACUUCACCAACUCCAGUUCCUAAGCCUAGUACAAGUCGUCUUGCUUUUGGUGAUAUGAAUCAUGAAUGGGUUGGCAAUGUAUGGCUUCCUAGUCUUGGUUUAGCCCAAUAUCGUCCAGCGUUUAUGGAAUGUUUAGUUGAUUCACGGAUGCUUGAUCAUCUAACUAAACGUGAUUUAAGAACACAUUUAAAAAUGGUUGAUAAUUUACAUAGGACUAGUUUAUUAUAUGGUAUUGUUUGUUUAAAACGAUUAAAUUAUGAUCGAUUGGAAUUAGAACGUAGACAACGUGAAGCUGCUCAUCCUGAUAGUAUUGAUUUAUUAGUUUGGUCAUGUGAACGUGUUCAAGGUUGGUUAGAUGAAAUCGGUCUAAAAGAAUAUGCACCGAAUUUAAAUGGAUCUGGCGUACAUGGUGGUGUGAUUGGUUUACAUCCAGAUUUAAAUCCUCAACAAUUAGCCUUAACAUUACAAAUACCUACAUCGAAUACAUCAGCUCGUGCUAUAUUAGCUAAAGAAUUAACUCAACUUGUACAACGUUUUCGUGCCAAUGUACCAAUUGCAGCGGCUAGUAUUGGACCAGCUCCAAGAGUACUAGCAAUGGAAGCCGCUGCUGUUGUUGCAGCUAAUAGAGCUCGUGCAAAAUUUGAGGGUCAAGAUAUUUGUUAUCCAGAUGACGGAUUUAAUGAAACAGCUAUUACUAACGAUUGUGAUGGAGUAGAGCAAAUUGAGGAUAGAGCUACACCUACAAAUAUUUCUGAACGAAAUCUCAAGGAUGCAAAAAGAACUCCAUUAGGACUAUCCAAUUCUAACUCAGAUAAAAAUGGUGGUGCCAAAACAACCGACAUAUUAUCAUCAUCAUCUGAUCUCGGAUUAGAUUGUUCCAUCACUAUAAAUAAUACUCCUACUAGUACUAAUGUCAGUAAUGCAGUUCCUCAUAGUAGUAAUACUUCUGCUGGAUCUCCCACUACAGUAUCACAAAAGAAACGAGCUCCUCAGGUACUUUCUGUUAGUGUGAAUACUACUAAUACAACUUCUCUAACAAGUACUACAACUCCAGUAACAAAUAAAACAACAACAUCUUGAACAAUCUUCAUUAUUAUUUAUUUAUUUGACACGUUUUCUUUUUGUACUCAUAUUUACAAUACAAGAAGAAGAAUGUUCACUAUUCAAUGGUCAAUCACAGUGAAUUUCUUUCUUGAGCAAUAACUGUUCAAAUCCUAUUACUAUUAUGAUUAUUAUUACUAUUUACAAAAAAAGUGGAAGUAAAUCAGAUAGACCUAAUUUUCAGUUGAAUAAUAUAAUAUAAUGGUUAAUAAUAAUUUUAAUGUCAUAAUCAGUGGAAACUUUGAGUCAAAUUAAAUAUGUAAAACAGAACUGUUAUCUUCUUUCCUAAUUCCUCUUACUCUCUCUCUCUAUUACACUCAAUCUUCGAUCAGAUAUUUUAUUGUCAUUAUUCCAUCGGGUUACACUAAUAGUAAAUACUAUCUCUUUUCUGAAUUUACCCUUUCUUUUAAAUGAUAAAAAGAUAACUAGUUAUUCUUACUUAAAUUAUUAUCUCAUUUGAUAUUUUAUGCCUUAUGUGUUUUGUUUCUUUGUUUCCCUAUUGUAUACAUGUUUUACCUUUUCUUUAUUGUUCAAUGUUCUUUCCCAGUUGUUGUUUUUUUGUUAAAACAAUUUUGAUCUCAUGAUUUAUAUGCGUUUAAUGUUUUCUUUUUUGUGGUUAACUCGUACCUUUUAAUUUCAUCAGUUAACUUAUAUUAACAUAUACACAUAUAUGUGUAUCUUAUCAAAUCGAUAAUGUUGUUCAAAUGUAUUUGGAAAGGAGCUAAUGAAUGAACAAGGAGAGUAUAUAUGUGGUUUCAUUGCCUACCUUCAUCUACACUAAAUUUUCUCAAUAAUUUUUAGUUCUUUUUUAUACAAAAUCUACCUCUCUUCCUCCUCAUCCUCCUAUGUUCUACUUCUACACCAUUCUACUUCAUUUAUUUCAAUCAACACGUAAUAUGAGAUCUAAACUUUAGCAGUGAUGGUCUUUCAAUUAGGUAAAAUUCAGUUUUCAUUUCAUCUUGUCUACUCAAUUUGUAUAUCAUUAUUGAGCUGAUUUCGUGUCUCCAUUAUUAAUGUUAUUUGUUUACUUAUCCUCUCCUUUUUAUCCGAUGUUCUAACAACAUAAGUUUCAAAUACAAAAGGUAAAAAUGUAAUGAAACUUUACAUACUACUUAUUACGUGGUAUGCGCAGAUGAAAGUAAUAUCGCACAACUAAACAUUAAUUAUCUCAUGAUUUGCAUGGAUUUAUUACAAUUUUCUGUAAUGCAUUUUAUCCUGUCUGUCAUAUAUAUCCGUGCAGUUUACAUUUUUAGAAGUAACGUUACACUUUUCUAUCAUUGUAUUGAAAAAGCCACAUGAUAAAGAAUGAUUCUUAUCUUCUUUCUUCACCUCUUUUUUUGUCUAUUUAACGAUGAGUACCAAGAUCAGAUGAUUAUGGCAGUGCUAGUGAUCAUAAUUUUUUUUUUUUUAAAAAAAGGAAUAUCUUGUUUUUAUGGUUUCAUACACAUGUCAUUUAUUUAUAGCUUGCUCACAAUCACGCAUAUAGAAAGCACUAACUGACAUACUGUUACAUUAUAAAUACCCAUAAAAGCAUACAUACAUAUAUUUUAUAUUUUGUACAUAAAUUUAAUUAUUAUGAUUUACUGAUAGGCUUGUUUCACUCAUCCACUUUUUUAUCCUAUCUGUUUGUGUGUGUGUACGGUUAUAGUUUGACUAUUUACAUUCUUAGCGCUGCUAAUACUAAUACUGUUAUGAUUACUACUGAUAAUAAUUGUUACUACGAUCAUAAUUAUUGUUACUAUUAGUAAUAUUAUUAUCAUUACUACUAUUGGUGGUGUUUAUGCUGAAAACAAUUAGACAACUGUUUGUACAUUCGACCUGGUGACAAAAAGUAUAUAUAUAAUGGUACAGAAUAAAUCUGAUUUUUCAUUUUCAUCAGUGUGUUUAAAGGUAGGAUAGAAACAAUCUAAGAAACACAAACAUGAUCCGUGAUUUGAUUGGUUUCCUGCAUGUAUGUCCACUCAAAUACGGUAGUGUUCCACUAUAAAAUAAUUAUAUUUUGUACUUAAUGAUCGCCAGUACUUAGUAAUAAAUACUUAGUAUUCGGUCGUUCGUUACUGUAUGAGUAACCUUGAAUUUAUUUAUAUGAUUAUAGGCUGGAGUAAAAUGACAAAUAAACCAUACACUUAGUCUUUUUUGAACAUAUAAAAAGUAUAUGUGUUUCAUCCUAAAGUCAAGGUUAAUAUGAUAAUUAAGCAAGCCUGCUACUGUACUUUGGAAGUUUCGUUUAUGAUAAUUAGUUAUCGUAUUUUGGGUAUGUUUGUGACAUCAAAAUCUUGCUUGACAAAUGUCCUGCAAAUCUUAGAUUACUUCAUCCAUAAACUUACAGAGAAUUAAUUUCUAUUCGUAACUUGUAAAAAAACGGCUCGUUCCGAACAGGCUAUGAGAUCACCAUAACAUGCGAAUGGUUGCUGUCUCAAAGAAUUAUGAUUUUUAGUGUGACAAUUUGCUCUUCUAGUAACUCCCAGGUUAGAUCUACGCGGCAAUUUGAACACAAGAGAAAAGGCGCGAGACAUGGAAGAAACGCUUUACUCCGAAG